AUGUGUUCGUCUUAUAUCCCGUCAAAGCUCGACACGGAGCUUUUCUGGGACAGGGAGCGCACUAGGGAGCGGAGCAUCUCAGAAGUCCCGCCGGGUUUCCCGGACAUAAUCCAAUCGCCACUCGUAUGGAAGGGCUCAGACAUCCAUCCCAAGGUGCGGGAGUGGAAGGUCGAUCUGUGUGGCGACGAGAUUACCGCUAUUGAUGCUGCAGUAUUUGCUUUCGAAAAGAAAUACGGCGAGAACCUUGCGGAGCUCACUAGUUCCACUUUCGAGCUGCCAACCGAGUUCUCUCAGCGCCUGCGCAAGCUUUCCGAUCAGCUUUACCGAGGAGUUGGCUUCCAGAUAAUCCAUGGACUCGAUCCGACCAAGUACACGCCUAGACAGAAGAUGAUCAUGUACGUCGGGGUGACUGCCCACGUCUGCCCACAGCGGGGGUCUGUCGACGUGGCUGGGAAGGGCGUUGUUGGUAAGCUGACUGGCUGCCUGCCCCGUCGCCUCAGAGCCAAGCCUCCUCCGUCUUUUUCUAACUCGUUCCACACCGAUAACUGCGCGAUCAUGGCGUUCUACUACCUGGACGUGGCGCCUCUUAGCGGUUGGACUUUACUGAGCAGCAUCUGGCAGACGUACAAUGAGCUGGCGGCGAGCAAACUGGAAGUGCUGCACACCCUCGCCGAGCCAUGGGUACUGGAUACAUUCAAACCUCUCUCCAUCCAGCCGCCUCGCCACGUGCGGCCGCUGCAGCGGGUUGUUGGUUCCGACAAGAUACCGGUGCUGUUCAGGUUUUCGCGCUACCCCGUCACGGGCUUCCAGCGAGAGCGCAGCGCGGACCGCGACGCAGCGGACGCCGUCCAGUUCAUCGCUGCCCGCAACGCAAUCACGCUGCCCGUCAUAGCCGGUGACGUCCUGCUCGUUAACGACAUGGCGCUGUUCCACGCGCGCGAGGGCUUCCACGACGGCGGCGUUCCCCUAAAGCGCCACCUCGUCAAGAUGUAUUUCCGCGACCCCGAGCAGGGCUGGGCCAUCCCCCCGUCCAUGGAGCGCGAGUGGAAGACGGCCUAUCUCUCCGGUAGUGAUGAUGGUAGGGUAAAGAAGGAGGAGAUCUGGGAGUGCACCUACUGGCCCGGACUAGAGGAGCUCUCCAUGCUCAAUGGGUGA